AUGAUCCACUUUAAGGAAAGGUUGGACCAAAUAAUAUAUCGAACCCUAUAGUAAUACUAUGAUGAGGAUCUUGUAUUUCGUGCACUCUCUAAAAUUUAGCCUAAGCCCAAACAUAAGGACCACCAAAAACUCUAUAAGUUUUCCAAUAUGAAUAAAGGAUAUCAACACCCUUUAAGAAAUUUACAUUAGGUUAUGAAGAUGCUGAAAGUAAAGUAUACUAAUUUCUUUAAGUUAGAUCAUUUGCAUAAUCAAUAUAUUCUUAUAUCAAAAAUUUGGAAUCUAAUUAUUUUGUAAAUUAAUAUACAUGGGGUUUCAUCGUCGUAAUCUGUACAAUGGGUGUCAUUUGCUUUUUAGUAUGGUUUGUGGCAAUUCUGAAUGCAUCUACCAUCUCUAUAUCUUAAUAAAGAGCCUAUGCAAGUUUUACACUAAAAUGAUACUUCACACUCCUUACAAUUUUAUGGACAGUAUCCAGAAGAGACUGUUAAGGAAACCAAUCCCCAUCCAGCACUAUCAUCUCUAAAAGUUACAAUAAAUAAAAUACGUGAAAUUACUAGAGGAUGAAAAUAAAAAUGGAUAUGGAGGUAUAUCAACGAACAUGUGCAAUUCAUAUUUUUCACAAUUUGAAUAUGGAAGCCAUUAUCCCAAAGAAAUCACAUCAAAUAUUUUCAAAUUAUGGGUUUAUAUUUCUGAGGAGAUCUUAAAUAUGGAACCAAAAUAUGUAUUAUUAAGUUGGAAGUUUAUACCUCCUUACGUUGGAAAAAGACCAAAUAUUACAAUUAUAAUUUGAAA